CCCCCCCCCCCCCCCCCCCCCCCCCCCCCCCCCCCCCGCUAGCCGGGCGCGAACGCGACAUGGCCCGGCGACGCCGACCCCCGCGACCGGGCGCGCUGGCCGAGCUGCCGCCGCUCAAGAUCCUCAGCCAGAUGGCGGCGCUGCAGGGGCUGUACUACGCGGCGGCGGUCGUGCUCAUGUUCUUCAACACCCUGGUCGCCGGCACGCGGUUCGAUCUAGACCUCGUCCUCGGCUGGGCGGCCAUCCGGGGUGACACGACGCAGGGCUGGCUGAUGGCGUUUCUGUGGGUGCUGGACGGCGGGUUCUUCAUGUCCCUGGCCAUCAUCCUCUUCGUCGUGCGCUCCAAGCUCGUCAUCGACUUUGCCCUGUCCAUGCACGUCAUCCACCUCGUCCUCGUGGUCCUGUACUCGCGCCAGGUGCCCCGCCACGCAAUGUGGUGGGCCUGCAUGGCCGUGUCGAGCACCCUCGCCGCGUGCCUCAGCACCUGGGGCUGCCGGUACCGCGAGCUCAAGCCCAUACCGUUUGGCGGCGGCGGGGCCGCAGCAGCUGCUGCUGCGGAUGGGGGUGGAGGCGAGGGCAGCAGUCGUAAUGCUGGGGGCGGCGAUGCUGGGAUCGAAGGCGAUGAGGAGGAGGGGUUUUCGAGGGGGAGGGGAAGGGGGAGGGGGAGAGCUGGAGGGGGCGAGUAUGAGAUGGUGCAUAUGAAAGGGGAUGCGGACAGGUGAUGGGAUUCUCCAGGGGCAUGAGAUGUCAAGACAUGUAGUAUUGGUUUUGUUUCGAGUAUCACGGGCAAAGGAUGCAUAGCAUGGCCUGGCGUUUUUGGACUGUACAAGCAGUAGAACUAGGGAUGGGUAAGAGCUGGGUCCAGACGAUCCGGCAAUGGAUGAGUUUUUUUAGUCUGUAUAGAUACCUAGCUAAGGCGUCGGCCUCGAGCGUAAUAGUGUUGUUAGUGGUUGCUCUAUUGCUGUCGAGUUCCAACUUUGGAUUGCUGAAGACAUGUUUUGAAACAACUUUAGCCCUAUGCUUCAGGUUCCAGUAACAGAUCUAAUGAUAUACUGGAGGAGAUUCUUUAGGAG